GAGCGUGUUUCCUUCAAUAGUAAACUUUGGAGGGCGCAAUGUAUGUUUUGCAAGUCGUGAUGGGUGUUACUUGUUGUAGUAAAAUUUGAGGUUGUGAAUGCUUUACAAUCAUAUUUUGUACACAAUGUUUUGAAAGAAAAAUUUUCUUGCGUGAAUGCAGUCGUCUUAUAUAAAGCUGUUAAAUUUGAUGUUAUAAAGAAGGCAUAUAAUUUUAUAGUGCAAAAUUUUGUGUUAUGAACUAAUCCGAAACUGCACUGCCAGUGAGGGACAAUGGCUUUGAACAAAAUAAAAUCCCUGCUUUUAGUUUCGGGUGGUGCUGCAGGCAUGUUUGUAGCAUUAAAUAUUUUCCAAGAAAAUGAAAUAUUUUAUGAGAAAUUUUUGAUGCCUGCCUUGCAUAAAGUUGAUCCUGAAUUUUCACACAAUUUUGCUGUAACAGUCUCAAAAUAUGGUUUUGUCUUGAGAAGCAAAUAUAAAGAUCCAGAUACUUUGAGCACCUCACUGGGAACAUUAAAAUUGAAUAACCCUGUUGGAAUUGCUGCAGGAUUUGAUAAGCAAGGAGAAGCUGUAGAAGCUCUUAAUAAAAUUGGUUUCGGAUUCGUUGAAGUUGGUUCUGUCACUCCUGUACCUCAACCUGGAAAUGAUAAACCUAGAGUAUUCCGUUUGCUUGAGGAUGAAGCAGUCAUUAACAGAUAUGGUUUCAAUAGUGAAGGCCAUGACAUUGUAUACAAUCGAUUACAUGAUUUACGAAAAACCAAUUAUGUAGGAAUCAUUGGAGUCAAUCUUGGUAAAAAUAAAAAUUCUGAAGACCCUUUAGAAGAUUAUGUGUCUGGAAUCCGGAAAUUUGCUGAUGUUGCAGACUACUUAGUCGUAAAUGUAUCAAGCCCAAAUACGCCAGGACUUCGUAGUUUGCAGUCAAAACACCAUCUGAAGGAGCUGCUGUCUGGUGUGGUUGCAGCACGUGAUGAUCUACCAACUAAUUGUUGGACACCUGUAUUUUUAAAAUUGUCACCAGAUCUUACAGAUGAAGAAAAGAGAGACAUAGCUGAUGUCCUUAAAGAUCCAAAGUGCGCUAUCGAUGGGCUUAUUAUUUCAAACACAACAGUGGGCAGACCUGAAAAUCUCCAGAGUAAUUCCGUAUGUGAGGAGGGAGGACUGAGUGGUCGGCCAUUGAGAGAUUUAUCCACAAAUCUAAUUGCAGAAAUGUAUUCACUGACAGGAGGAAAGAUACCAAUCAUUGGAGUUGGAGGCAUUUUCACUGGCCAAGAUGCGUAUGAUAAAAUAUGUGCUGGUGCUUCCGCUGUGCAGCUGUACACUUCUUUCAUUUUCUAUGGUCCACCUCGUAUUACACGAAUUAAAAAAGAACUUGAUGAGUUACUCAGAAUAAAUAAUUACCAGUCAGUUGAGGAGGCUGUUGGGACAAAAGCAUUAAAACUUACAGAAAAGAGAUCAUGGUGGCCACUGUGGUGAAGACUGUAUGGACACAUUAUUUAUUACGUGCCAUAUGCAAGUGCAAUUGAUUGCCUGGCUUUUAAACCAGGAACAGUUGAAGUUUUUGAAAUUUGUGUGUAUCUAUUUUUCAGCAGCUCUGUAAGGAGCUGUGAAUGAAACUAAGUCACUAGUUGAUAGUAGUCAAAACAUUGUUUUACAUUCAUAUGGAAUUCACUGAACAUGUAUAUAUAGUGUCCUGACAGUAGGUAAAUAAUGCCAUUUCCUUAUCUUACGACAUUACUUCACAUAAUACUAAACUCUGUAUGCACCCAACACACACUAUGUGCUGCAAAUCAGAUGAAACAAAAACUUCAGUAUUUCAGCAUGCAACUAUUUGUAGCAUUCAAGUAGUCAUGAGCAGCUGAUUAUCAUACUAUCAGUGUUGUGGGAACAAACUAAAAGAACAUAAACUGUCACUAAUUGGAACUGUAAUAUACUGUGGUACUUUUGAUCCAUAAAUGGUGCACAAUUUCAUUCAGAAGAUAGCUGACAGAUCCAGCAGAAUAAUUUGCGGAACAUCUAAAUACACUUAUAUUCUCUUCUUCAUUUGAACUUUCAAGUGCAUUUUUCUUUUUGUGUAAUACUCUCCAUUCAUAUAACAAAUGGCAAAAAAAAAAUAAUAUUGCUCAACCAAGUGACUGUUAUAUUAACAGCCUGGGAUCAAUUAUAUUGGUGAACCAGCAGAGAGGGAACUGUAAAACUUCUGCAGAAUGCACUGAUUUGUGCUCCAGUUCUCCUCUUUAUUUUACUUUGGUGAUAAAAGGCUGAGAGACUGUGCUCUCCAGAAUUAUUUAUUGGUAGUAACUAACUUCAAACUGCAUUGGCUUGAUACUAGUUCACCAGUAACUAUGAAAUGCUGGGCACAAUUUUGAUGAGAACAAUACUUCAAGACAUUUGUAUUAAUCCAGGUGCAAAAAUAUUUACAUUGUUACAGGUGUAACAUUAACUUCCCUGUUUACAAAAUCAAACAAUUGUGAUAGUUUAUAUCACAGCAUUGGGGUGCUGUUAACUUCUAACACUUUGUUGUUAUUACAUUUUUCUUUUUUAUUGUGUAUGGUUCAAAGUGAAACCUUGUAAAGUAAAAAACCAAGUUUUAGCUUUAACAUUAAGUAUUGAUUAAAUCAUGUUACUGCUUUCCUAGGUUGCAUUUUGGUAAUGCUCAGCUCCUCAUGUGGAAGGAAGUUUAAUGCAACCAUUGUGUUUCUGUUUAGUAGCUGAAUAUGGUUGUGACAUUACACAGUAUAUUGCUUGAUGUUUGUGAAGAAAAGGGAAAGUCAUAUUUAUAUGCAGUUAGACACAUGCUAGAAACACAUAGGCAGUCAAUUCUGUAGAGUAUUAUUCUUAAACAACAGCUCUCUGGAAGUUUGCAUUUAUUGAUAAUUUUACAAUGACUACACGAAAACUCAAAAUGUCUUUUAAAUCUGCUGUAUUUCUCA